AUGGAAAAUGGGAACACCACCUCAGACUUUAUUCUCCUAGGGCUCUUUAACCACACAGAAGCCCACCUAUUUCUCUUUCUGAUGGUUCUGACAAUGGCCUUUACCUCCCUGCUGGGCAAUGCCCUCAUGAUUCUCCUGAUUCGCCAGGACCCCCGCCUCCACACAGCCGUGUACUUCCUGUUGAGCCAACUCUCCCUCAUGGACAUGACGCUCGUUUCCACCAUUGUGCCCAAGACAGCUGCUGACUACUUGACCGGCAAGAAGUCCAUCACCGCUGGCUGUGGGCUGCAGAUUUUCUUCUUGCUCACUUUGGGAGGGGGUGAGUGCUUCCUCUUAGCAGCCAUGUCCUAUGACCGCUACGUGGCUGUUUGCCAUCCACUGAGAUACCCUGUCCUCAUGAGCUGGCAAUUAUGCCUGAGAAUGACUUUGGGGUCGUGGGUCCUGGGGGCAGCUGAUGGGCUCAUGCAGGCUGCCGCUACUCUGAGCUUCCCAUUUUGCAGCACACACGAGACUGAUCAUUUCUUCUGUGAGGCCCCCACUCUGGUGCGUUUGGCCUGUGCUGACACCUCUGUCUUUGAGUAUGUCAUGUACAUCUGCUGUGUGUUGAUGCUCGUGGUCCCCUUAUCCCUCAUCCUGACCUCGUACGGUCUCAUCCUCACUGCUGUGCUCCAGAUGGGUUCUAGAGAGGCCCGCAAGAAGGCUUUUGGCACCUGCUCCUCACAUAUGUCUGUGGUGGGACUCUUUUUUGGAGCUGCCAUCUUUAUCUAUAUGAGACCCAACUCCUACAGGUCAGCUAACCGCGAUAAGAUUGUGUCAGCGUUCUAUACUAUCUUCACCCCUGUGCUGAAUCCCCUCAUCUACAGUCUGAGGAACAGUGAGGUCAAGGGGGCCCUGAGAAAGUGUAUGGGUCAGUGUGCCUCCUUAAGUCAUGACUAA